AUGGCCGCGGUGCCGAGCGGCGCGAUUGCCGUGUCAGCCAGAUCCGUUGCGGCAAUGGACGCAAUGGUCUCGCGCGUGAUUGCGCACAUUGCAAGCGUGAGUGAGGAGCGCGACGCACUGCUCGAGCACAUUGGCCAGCAGGACGCGCUCGUCGAGGCGCUCAACGCCGAGCUUGUGGAGAGCGACCGGAUUGCCGAGGAGCUGCGCGCCAAGCACGGGGCGUCUGCUGUGGAGCUCGACCGCCAGGCUGGCGUCGUUCGGGAGCUGCAGCAGUCGCUGCAGCAGCAACGCGACGCUGCUGCGCAAACGCGCGGCGAGCUUGAAACCGCUCAACGAGAGCACUCUGCUGCAGUCGCGGCACUCGCUGCCACGGCCGCUCAGGAUAGCAGACACCACUCGGACCAGCUUGACGCGAUUCAGCUUGAGCAUGCCACGCAGGCAGCGUCGGCGCGACGGCAACGGGACGAGUUGCUCGCUGCAGUGAAUCGGCUCGAGCUCGAGUUGGCCAAUCUCCGCGCUGCUCAGACACAGCAGACCGCACGGUAUGAGGCCGAAGUCGAGGCGUUGCGUCAGGAGGCUCGCACUUUGACGGCCGAAGGUAUUACUCGUUCCGAACAAGAGCUGUCACGCAAAGCCGAGUUCCAGGCGACGCUGGCAACGCUCAACCAGACCCAUGCCGCAGCCAUGAGCCAACUCCAAGAUCGACUGGUCGCUACGCAAGCAGAGUUGUCACAGUUGACCAGCGAGCAUGCUCUCGCCGUCGAGGCCCAUCAGGGCGCAAUGGCAGCGUCCAGACUCGAGGCUGACGAACUGAGGCGCGCCAAGGCCGCGCUUGAAGUCGAGCUGCGAGACGGCAAGCGCGCCUACCUCAAGGAGGCCCAGCAGUUGACCCUCGAGGCCUUGGUUCAGCGCGAAAAGGCCGAGCUGUUGGCAAACCAGCUGGCCUCGGCGACACGCGUGUUCGAGGCGCGGCUGCUCGACACCCAACGACUUGAAGCUGCUGCGCUCAAAAUGUCGCAGGCCCAGGCCAAAACGCGAACUCAACGGAAUUCACUCUUGCAACUGCUACGCCAGGCACGAGCGGACGCCCAUUCAGGCCGGAUGCAGAAGGAGAUUCUCGAGGCGAGCCUCGCGUUCGAACGGAGCCGUCUUGCAACUUCUAGGGCCGAACUAGUGAGCGCAAAAGUGGCCGAUGCCAACCAUCACAGCGAACUGGUUGCUGUUCGUCACCAGGUAGAGCUCGAUCGCCAAGCACUCGAGAUGGAGAAGGCACAUGCUGCCGAAUUGCAACAAGCCAACCACUCGAUGAGUCAGCAGAUUGAUCAACUGCAUCAAGAGCAGCGCAGGGUUGAACGUCAACAUCAAGAGCAGCGCCAACAGCAAGAACAGCAGCGCCAACAGCAAGAACAGCAGCGCCAACAGCAAGAACAGCAGCGUCAACAGCAAGAACACCAACGUCAACAGCAAGAGCACCUGCGCCUCCGACAAGAGCAGGAGCGCCUCCAACAGGAGCAACGCCAACAGCAGGAGCAGCGCCAAAAACUACAGCAGCAAGAGCAGGAGCAGCGCCAGAAGCUGCUGCAGCAAGAGCAAGAGCAGCGCCAAAAACUGCAACAGCAAGAGCAGCAACGCCUGCAGCACGAGCAGCGCCAACGACAAGAAUUGCAAGAGCAACUACAUUUGCUGGAAGAGGAGCGUCAACAUUUGCUGCAAGAGCAGCAGCAGCAACACCACCAACUGCUGCAGCAACUUCAGCACAGUCAUCAGCUGGAAUUGCACCAACAACGGCAGGAACAGCUGCAACUACAACACGAGCAACUAUUGCAACACACAGCCGAGAAGAAGCUCCACCAAGCUACCGUUGUCGAAGUGCUCAGUCAGCUUCAUCAGCAGCAAAAGCGGCAAGAGCAGCAGAUCCAAGCUUUGCAGCAAAAACAAGAAGAAAUGCAUUCCCAGUCUCGGCAAGAAGUGCAAUCUCAGUCCUUCUCGGCUCGAGCGUCACCUGCACACCGUGCUCAGCAACCAGAACUUGGCCAACAAGACGGGCGCAGUGUUAUUGAGGGCGAUGUGGUACAUUCGCAAGAAUACGUGCCACGUCGUCAGGAGCAGCAGGAGCAGCAGCAGCGACAAGCAGAAACCGCUUCGCCACAUCGUCAUCGUCCCACGGAGCACUUUGGGCCGGCGCAGCAAGGGAGUGUGCCAUCCGGCAGCGUGACAGCCGCAUCUUUGACGUCGGAUGCCAUUCCUGCACAAACCCUGCACCCCUCUCAUGAGCAGCUUGAAGCUGUUGAGGAUCCAUCGCAGCGAGAGCUGGAUGAACAAUUGGCGGCGUUUUUGAGGGAGAACAUUUCCAUUCCCAAAGACGAGGCGCAGCAGCUGCAAAACUACCUGACAGCUCUCGAGCAACAGGCCCAUGAUCAAGCCAACCGCGCACAGCGGUAUCGACUCGCGGCCAUGGCAUCCGCAGCUGAGGGCGAGCAACUUCGGCUGCAGGUUGCGCAGCUGCAAGAAGCGGCCGUGUUGCAGCAACAAGAAAUCGCCGACUCUCUUCAGCACACUGCAGAAUUGAUGCUCGAUCGCGACAUGCUUGCGUUGCAGCUCACCGAGCUUGAUCAAACUGCCCAGAAUCACGCUUCCUUGUCAGACCUGCAGCAGCAGCAACAGCUUUUGAUUCAGCAACAGCAGCAAUUGCAUCAACAAUUGCUGCAACAAGCGCAGCAACAACAAGCGCAGCAGCAACAAGCGCAGCAACAAGCGCAGCAACAACAAGCGCAGCAACAAGCGCAGCGCAGCAACAAGCGCAGCAACGACAAGCGCAGCAGCAAAUUCCACAGCCUUUGCUACAACGCUCUUCCUCCAGUUGCUACACUUUCGCAAUCUCGCAUCGACCACCAGCACGGCUUGCCCCAGAGCUCUUCGAGUAGUAUCUACACUGCAUCUGUCCGCGAUACUGCACCACAACAAGCCACACCGCUGAUGCCAUCGGUUGAUGUUGAACCCACAGUCGCCAACGCGCCGCAGCAGGUACUGGAGCCCAUCAAUCAAAGCACGAUGGCACCAGUCCUUCACUAUCUUCAUCCAGCCUCGACGGUAGUUUCUGAAACAGCAAACCAGGCGCAAGCAGCAGCAGUUUCUUCUGCACAAGCCCCACUCCCUCCUACGGCGCGAACGUCUCAACGCGCCGCCAUUCAGCCGCUCUUGGAGCAGUUUUGGGCUCUGGCGGAGCAACACGCACAAGUGACAGCUCGUGCCGAGCUGUUGGCUAGCUUGCGACCUCCGAGUCCACAAAGCCUGCAGAGCGAGCUGCUUGACGACGACGAGAUGAUUCAUGACGAGAGCUUCCACACUGUUGGCCAGCACGAUGCCUCGUCCCUGCCCGCCACUGAGUAUCACGAGUUUGGCCAGGAGCACAUUGACACAAAUGAGUUGCUUGCGGCCCUGGAUGGGGUGGCACAGGCGCACAACUCUUCGUAUGGCGGAAAUUUCGCCACCACUGGCUGGGAAGACAUCAAAGCCACCCUGGGUCAUCAGUCAUGGCAUGCUGGUCACGCAGCUGAGCAAUCGACCGAUUAUUACUACUACAACUAG